AUGUCAACAGUAAAUAUUGAAACGGAUCGUGAUGAUGAUGAUGAUGAUGAUGAUGAUUCAUUUUUCUAUUAUUUGAUGCUUAUAAUGCCGUUGUUGGCUCUUGGCGCUUAUAUCUACGAUGCCUACAGUUUUCUUAUUAUCAAUAGUACAACAUCUGGUAUACUUUCCUCGAUGUUAUUUAUAUUUUAUUUUCUACACUAUUCCGUUACAAUUCAAUCUAAGUUAGCUACGACCGUAUAUCAAGUUCUCAUUUGGUUAAUGGUGACUACAGGUGAUGUCCUGUAUGCAUAUUAUAAUUUACGAGAAAAUCAUCGCGUGCACCUGAUCAGAUACGUAGGAUUUAUAAUAAUAGAUUUCUUGUUUAUCUUCAUUGUUUGGAUAUGCAAAAUGAUGGCUCUUCAUAAAACUCACGAGAACUAUGGCUGGUGUUUUAGACAAAUAUUUCAUCCUCGUUUCCAUUUCAAUCCACAUGUUCGAUUACAUAUUAAAGUACACCAACGACAAUUUUUUAGUGUUGUUUCACGCUUAGAAACUAUUCUAGCAACGUUGAUACCAAUAUUUUUCAGCGAAAACAUCGUUCGAACGACAUCAACAAAUAUUAGCUUCGUUAUUCUAUUUGAUUUCUUCUAUCAAUCAUAUCAUAAGUUACGUUCUAUAUGGAUAAAACUAUGCUUAUACAUGCUUGUUAGUAUUGUAACCGCUUCUGUAGCAACUGAAUGGCUUUAUUAUGUAACAUUAAAAUCAUUGUACUUACAAAUCAGCGGCAUUUUGGAAUUCUUUGCUUCUUUAUUUUGUUUUUCAUUUAUUAUAAUGCAGUUUUUUCCUUUUCAUUUUCACGUGAAAUAUAGACAAACUUAA